AUGUUAUUUAUAUCAUUGUUUGAAUGUAGAUUACCUGACAAAGUUUAUUGUGUAAAUGAAAAAUGCACUGAGCCUAUUUCUAAAGCCAAAACACUUCUAAACUAUAACAGUGACGACCCAGACCUCAUCUCAUUUCCUGCUAAAUCUGAAGCAAUUGUGUAUAUGAAAUCAGCUGGUAGCAAUUCCGAAUUAUGGUAUGCUAAAAUUAAUGGUAAAUCAGGAUUCGUUAAUUCAAGAUUUUUAAAGGAGUCUAAAAUAAUAGAAAAGAAUCCUCAAUUUAUUGUUCCUAUUGAAAACAAUAUUAAGACAGAUGUUCAGCCAGAUAGGGUACAACAACCUCAUGAAGUUUUUGAAGGUACAACCAUUUUCACUACUGAAACAGUAGGUAAAAAUAUACUAAAAGAAAGUAUUACUGAAAAUUCUAAUAAUAUUUCUAAUGAAGGGCUUUCAUCUCAAUUAAGUACAAUUAAGGAAACACAGAAUGUAAGCUCUGAUACUAUUGAUAAAUUAUCCCAAUUCAAUAAUGAUAAUAAGAAUCAUAAUUCUGUUAAUACAGAAAAAAUCCCUGUUUCACAUAAUAUUUCAGCCGUAGAUAAUUCCAAAAGUAAAAAUCAAAUUUUUCAAGAAAUUGCUGCACAUGACAUUGAAGAUAGAAUUAAAAUAAAGGAAUCUACAAGUAAUAAUGUACAGGCUUCUGAUGAUCUUAAUGAAAAUAUAAUAGAGAAUGUUGAAGCCCAGGUAAAUAUAAAUGUAAAACAAAAUAUAAAUAGCAAAGAAAAAACAACUGCUGAAAAUAUAGAUAAUUCCUCAGAAAAUAAAGAAGGUACUGUUGAACCUGUUUUAAAGGAAAAUAUUGAAAACCUACCUGACAAUAGUGAAAAAUCAGAUCUUUCUAGUACAAAUGCCCAGUUAGAUUUUACCACCGAAAAUAUUAUACAGGAAAAAUCUGCUGAUGUUAGUGUGGACCAAAAUAAACAGAUUUCUGAUUUCCAAAACUCCACUUUACAACUUGGUUCUGAGACAUUAGAUAAUUCCUCAGAAAAUAAAGAAGAUACUGUUGAACCUGUUUUAAAGGCAAAUAUUAAAAACCUACCUGACAAUAGUGAAAAAUCAGAUCUUUCUAGUACAAAUGCCCAGUUAGAUUUUUCCACUGAAAAUAUUAUACAGGAAAAAUCUGCUGAUGUUAGUGUGGACCAAAUUGAACAGAUUUCUGAUUUCCAAAACUCCACUUUACAACUUGGUUCUGAGACAUUUCCUUCAUUGCAAAAUGAAAAAGUAGAAUCAAAUGAAAAUGUGUCUUCCAAUAGCACUUCAGAAAUCUCUAUAGACAACACUGUUCUCCCACAGACACUACCAAUACCUGAAAUAUCAGAGAGUUUUCAAACUUCUGUACCAAACCAAGAUAUUGAAAACUUAGAUAAUAAUUCGUAUGUACCAAUUGAACCUCAUAAUGUGCCUGCCAACAAUAUUGAAAAUCAUGCUCAACAUGUGAAUGAACAGCCUGAAGUAUCUUACACCCAUGAAAGCAGUAAUAAUAUUAUGCCAAACGACAUUCCUAAUCAAGAUAAUAAUGUCAUAAACAAUUUACAAGGUGAAUCACCAUCAUCAUCAAAUUUAAAAACUAUUCCAGCUGCUUCUGUUGACAUAUUGAAUGAAUUACCAGAGGCUACAGAAUCAAAUAAUCUCAUUGCUCCAUCGCCAAAUAUAGUAGAAUCAACAACAGAAUACCUAGCACCAGAUAUGGUUACAGAUAAACUUACUACACAACCAACAACUUAUUCGGAAAACUUAGAGGGAGCUUCAACUAUUCCUUCCGAAAACAUAGAUGAUACUGUAACACCUGAUUCUAAUAUAGAUGCAUUCGCCUCAUCAUCUACUGAAAUUAAUAUAGAGGAUUUGUAUUCUAUGGCAACUGAAAGUCCCGCAACUAGUCUAGAAAAUAGUGAAAGUAUUCUAUCAGAUAUGUACUCAACUAUAGCAGAUUCAUUGCCCUCAUCAACUGAGACUCCUCAUUAUGAAAACUUAUUCAAUUCUGAUGUAAAUCCUCCACCUGAACUAGAAAACAAAGAAUUUUCCGUUAUACAGUAUAUUAUUUCUACUUAUAAUAAUGUGAUGGGUACGAAUGGAGAAACAAGAGCACUCUUUGCUGCUGCUGGGGAAACAUGUUUUACAGAUGAAUAUUGCGAUGGUGAAAGUUUAAGCCAGAAACAUAGGUUACUUACUUUCCUUGUGACAACCGCUGGAACUGUGCUACUGUUUACAUUGGGAUAUUACUACAUUGAGAAUAAGCGACAAGAUAGCAAACUUAUUGGCACAAUUAAUUCCUUGCAAAGGGACUUACUCUUUAGUACAAAGGAGUGUGAGAUACUUAAAGAGGAACUUGCCAAUACUAAAAAUAAAUUAGCCGGCAUUGAGGAUAGUUCAUUUGGAAUGGAUGAUAUGGUACAAUCACUAAAAGAGGAGAUCAGUGAACUGAAGGUGCAAAACGAGAGAUUACGAAAUUCUUUAGACGAUAAUGAAAAGCUUUUAAGAGUGUCAGAAAAUACUGCUAGUGAAUUACAGAAUACAUUAAGUGAGGUUGAGAAUACUCUAAGUGAGCUCUGGUCAGAGAGAGCUCAGUUUGAAGAGCAAAUUACAGAAUUAAAUGGAAAAGUACAAGCAUUUGAAGAGGAAUUAAUUUCAGUAAGUAGAGAAAGGGACAAUUUCCAAUUGAAAUUUGUAUCGGCUGAGACAUCACUAGAUGAGUUUAAAAAACAAAAGAAGCAGUUCGAAGAAAUUAACAAUAAACUAUCUGAAGCAAAUAAUACUAUUGAAUUACAAAAACAUGAAAUUGAAGCUCUCAAAGAUGUAAUUAAGGAACUUAAGAGUGGUGUUACAUCAAAUGUAGAUGCUGCAUCUCUCAUAGAUCAUACUGAAAUCAAAGCCAAGUUAUCUAAAGCAUUGGAGGAAAGACAGUCAUAUAUGAGUAAAUAUGAGAUAGAACAUAAGGAAAGAGUCCGCCUUACAGAAGAGCUUCAGACUGCUCAGGAAUCCUUCCGCAGUUCCAGUCAACAAGCAGCAGAGGCUGUCACAAGGCUAGAAGUCCUUGGCAAAUAUUUCCAAGAAAGAGAAAGUGAACUAAUGAAGGAAUUGAGUGCUAAAGAAUCACUAUGGCUCGGCAAACAAGGCGAAUCAGCAAGCACUAUAGAAAAAAUAGAGCUUUUACAACAAGAACUACAAAGAUACAAAGAGAAAUGCGACGCGCUAACGCUGGAGCUGGCGGAGGCGGAGUCGACGCGGCGCACGGCCGUGAGCGAGGUAGAGGCGCGCGCGCACGCCGCGUGGCUGGAGGCGCGCGCGGCGCGGCGUGACGCGGACGCGGCGCGCGACGACGCCGCCGCGUUGCGCCGCAAGCUCGCCUCCCUCACUGCGGCCGACGGCGCCGCCUCUCCACACAGACAAGUAUCUUCCCCAUUAGAGGGUGUAGAUGGUGCAGUAAUACCGCCGCCACUGCCACCGCUAGCUUUCUUGCCCCCACCGUUGCUACCGCCUUUGCCCCGACCACCGCCACUGGGGAGACUGCCUUCACCCCACCCACCUAGGUAUAGCGACAGACGCUAUUCGCCGGAGAGUCGCUACUCGCCAGAGAGUAGGUACUCGCCGGAGAGCCGCUACUCGCCGGAAACGGUGCGCUACUCGCCAGAUAGCCGCUACUCACCGCGCAGUCGUCGUUCUCCUUACUCGCCGCGCUCCAGGAGACGAUCGAGAGAGAGGUAUACGGAAGGGCGUGGUUCCCGCAUACGUAAUGGACCACCAGAAACCGAGACAGAGUAUAAUUCUGAUAGCCCUACCAGACAACCGCGCCGCCGCUCUAGAUACUCGAGACACUCAGGUCCCAGUUCAGGAUCAGGGUGCUCAUCGGAAUCGGAUAAGUGA